CUUUAAUAGAUUCUGUUUAAAUCUACAAUUACAAAAUGUGGUUAAACUUGUUGAUAUUCCUUACAAUUAAUGUAAUUCUGAUAAAAAGUAAUGAUGAUUUAAAAGUGUGCCUUGAAAAUUUGGGCUGCUUAGAGGGUACCGAAAUGCCUGGCCUUAGUGGUGAUAAUUUUGAGGCAUUUCUAGGAGUACCGUUUGCUAAACCACCUAUAGGUGAAUUAAGAUUUCGUAAUCCCGUACCAGUGGAACCGUGGCAAGGUGUCUUAUCUGCAAAAGCAGCAAAACCAGACUGUAAGCAGAGGAACUACCUAAUACCGCAUUGGCCUAUAGUCGGUGACGAGGAUUGUUUGUAUAUGAAUAUAUAUCGACCUAAGGGUGUGUUGCCAGAAAACCCAUUACCUGUUAUAUUUUACAUUUAUGGUGGAGGAUUCUUUAGUGGUUCUUCCAAUCCAGCCGUAAUGGGUUCUGAAUAUUUUAUGGAUACACGAGAAGUGUUGGUAGUUGUGAUUACUUAUCGUUUGGGACCUUUUGGUUUUUUAAGUACUGGUAGUAGCGAGAUGCCAGGAAAUUUCGGUCUAAAGGAUCAGCUGUUGGCUUUAAAGUGGGUCAAUGAUCACAUUAAGUCGUUUGGUGGCGACCCAAAUCAGGUUACAUUACUUGGCCAUAGUGCUGGUGGCAGUGCAGUUCAUUUUCUCAUGAUAAAUCCGAAAAUGUUCUGCAUAAAAUUAUUGUUUGGUUAUUUAUUGGCAAAUGUAGUCUUAGUACAAUGUCAAGAUCCAACAGUUUGUUUACCCGAUGCUGGUUGUUAUAUUGGCCUUUUCAUGAAAGGUUAUCAAAAAAAGGAAUUUAAGGCAUUUUUAGGAGUACCAUAUGCUUUUCCACCCAAACGUUUUGAGCCACCAAUUCGCUAUACGAGUAAUAAAACUCACAAAGUGGUGAAACCUCAAUUUGAUUGCGUACAAAAAAACUAUUUAAUACCCAAUCAUCCGAUAUCUGGCAGUGAGGAUUGUUUAUAUUUAAAUGUAUAUAAACCUAUAAUACAUCGUCUUGCUUUACCCGUUAUGGUCUAUAUAUUUGGUGGUGGUUUUUUUGCCGGAUCAGCUGCUCCCAUUUUUACUGGACCUGAAUAUUUAAUGGAUCGUGGCGAUGUUAUAGUUGUUACUAUAAACUAUCGCUUGGGCGCAUUCGGUUUUCUUUCUACGAAUGAUGGCAAUAUACCCGGUAAUUUAGGCUUAAAAGAUCAAGUUAUGGCCCUAUCCUGGGUGCGUGAUAAUAUACCCUACUUUGGUGGCGAUCGGAAUCGUGUUACACUGUUUGGACAAAGUGCAGGAGCAGUAUCGGCUCACUUGCACAUGUUGAGCAAAUUAUCGCGAAAUUUAUUUAAUGCCGUUAUAACAAUCAGUGGAUCGGCAAAUGUACCCUGGGCAAUCGAUGAUGAUCCAGAGACAACAUUUAGACUAACCUGUAGAUAUAGCAAUCUAACUGGCUGGGAUACAAAGACUACAGAGCGACUGACAAGAGAACUAAAGGUGGUUCCUAUCUAUACAUUGCUCGAUGCUGGUGAUAAGUUGAAAUUUUUUGACGUUGAUAUUAUGGUUAACUAUAGACCAACAAUAGAACCACGUGGACCGGAGGCCUUCUUAGAUAACAAUCCCGCAUUUAUUAUAAAAAGUGGCCUAUAUAACGCAGUGCCCAUGUUGGUCGGUACUGUACCAAAUGAGGGUGGUGUUCGAGUUGUGGCCAUUAUGGAAAAUGAGGAGUUGAAGCAAGCAUUUAAUAAAGAUUUUUAUCGCAUAAUGGUAACCUUUUUGGAAUUUCCUAAACGAUUUAAUGUAACACAAAUUCAGAAAAAAAUGGAUCUAAUAUUAAAUGAAUAUUUUGGUGGAGUUCAGGAAUUGAAUAAUAAAACGAGACAGGGUUUUAUGGAUUUAGUAACGGAUCGUGGCUUCCAUCAUCCCAUGUAUAAUGCCAUGAAAUGGUUUGUUAAAAAGAAUAAUGUCUACAUUACUCAACUUUUUCUUUAUGUAUUUGAUUAUCGAGGAAGAUAUACGUUUGCAAAUAUUUUCGCCGGUCAUCCUACGCCAGAAUAUGGUGUAAUACACUGUGACGAUCUGAUCUAUUUGUUUAGAGCUUUUCGUAUAUUUCCCGAUUUUCCCAAAAAUUCAUCAGAUGCAGCUGCCAUAAAGGGUUAUGUAGAUUAUCUGACAUAUUUCGCCCAUUGGAGACAACCUCCUAUUGAACCAACUUUUAAAAGAUGCAAUGAUAAAAAUUUCUUCUCUGGAGAGGGUAAAAUAUGUGAUUAUCAAGAGUUCGUUAAUGGUGAAGAAGAUGAAUGGGUGGUGAGAGUAAAUAAUCAAUUUAAUACAACACGUAUGCAUUUGUGGGAUCGAAUUUUAGAAGAAGAUUAUGAACUUUUAGUAUCAAAUUCUCUACCCGUCAUGAUAUAUAUGCACGCAGGAGGACUUUUUUCUGGUUCAGCUAGUCCGUUUGUUACGGGUCCGGAAUAUAUGAUGGAUCGAGGCAAUGUUACUCUUAUAACGAUUGCCUAUCGUUUGGGAGCAUUUGGUUUUCUAACAACUAAUGAUGAUUGCAUUACGGGAAAUAUUGGUUUAAAAGAUCAACGGGUGGCUUUAACGUGUGUAUUUCUUAAUAUUGAACAUUUUGGUGGUGAUCGUGAACGUAUAACAUUAUUUGGACAUGAUGCGGGAGCUGUGUCGGCUCACAUGCCUAUGUUGAGUAAGCAAUAUACGAAUUUAUUCUACGCCAUUAUAGCACUAAGUGGAACGGCCAAUGUACCGUGGGCAAUUGAUGAGAAACCUAUGAAAACUGCUCGACAAACUGCCAGAUAUUGUAAUAUAUCGGACUGGGAUACAAUAAGUACAUAUGACUUAAAGAAUGCCCUACAGAAUGUAUCCGCUGAUACACUGUUCGAAGCUGGUGAACAAUUGAAAUAUGGGAUUGUAGAUGACACAGCCAAGUAUAGGCCGGUAAUUGAAAAACCAAGCUAUAAUGCAUUUCUAGACGAUUAUCCGGUAAAUAUUCUACAAAGUGGUAAUUAUACACCAGUGCCUAUAAUGUUUGGUUACGUAUCAAAAGAAGGUGGAUAUCGAGUUGCGCCUAUUAUGGAAACAGAGGAAUUAGGAAAAGAUUUUAAUAAACAGUUUUUUUUAUUAACAGAUGCUCUUCCCGUUAUGGUUUAUAUACAUGGAGGAGGUUUUUUUUCUGGCACAGCUAAUCCGAAUGUAACCGGUCCGCAAUAUAUAAUGAACCAACUCAACGUCAUACUUGUAACGUUAGCCUUUGGACAUGAUGCGGGAGCAGUAUCGGCUCACAUGCAUAUGUUGAGUAAACGAUCAAAUAAUUUAUUCUACGCCAUUAUAGCACUAAGUGGAACGGCCAAUGUUCCUUGGGCAAUUGAUGAAGAGCCCUUGCGAACCGCUAGACUAACCGAAAAUAUUCUUGUGACUCAUCGUUUCUUUCUUCAUCCCCUUUACAAUGCCAUCAAAAUGCAUGUGGAAACUAUAGAUACCGAUCCCAUCUAUAUGUAUAGAUUUAAUUUUCUUGGCUCUGCUACAUUUGCCGAUAUUUAUACCGAUCAUCCUACGGAUCGUCAAUAUGGAGUAGUAUUUUUUAAUGAUCUUAUAUAUUUGUUUAAGUCAUCUAUAUUUCCCGAUUUUGAAGAUAUACCAUCUGAAUUAGAAGCUAUAGAAGUUUUUGAAGAGAAUUUCGUAUAUUUUGUUCAUAAUAGUUUAGCAUUACAAUGUCUAAGCGAUGAUCCAAAAGUUUGUGCUACUGGAGUUGGUUGUUAUAUCGGUACUGUCAUGGAAUAUAAAUCAAAAAAAUUUGAGGCAUUUCUAGGAAUACCGUAUGCAUUUCCUCCCAAACGAUUUGAAGUUGCUGUUCCUUAUGAAAGUAAGGAAACCCAUCAGGCCAAGACUGCACAAGAGGAUUGUAUUCAGAAAAAUUACUUAUUACCAACCAAACCGAUAACGGGCAGUGAAGACUGUUUAUAUUUAAAUAUAUAUAGACCACAGAAUAUAUCUGAAGCAUUACCCGUCAUGGUAUAUAUAUUUGGAGGAGGGUUUUUUGCCGGAACAGCUAGUCCCAUUAUUACUGGUCCUGAAUUUAUAUUGCAACAUAAUAAUAUCAUACUUGUGACGCUGGGCUAUCGUUUGGGGCCAUUUGGCUUUCUUACAACUAAUGACGACUCCCUUCCCGGUAAUUUAGGCUUAAAAGAUCAAAAUAUGGCUCUCGAAUGGGUUUUCGAAUACAUACAAUUCUUUGGUGGCGAUCGUAGUCGCACAACAUUGUUUGGACAAAGUGCGGGAGCGGUAUCGGCUCAUUUGCAUAUGUUGAGUGAAAAAUCAAAAGGUUUAUUCUAUGCCAUUAUAGCUCUCAGUGGAACAGCCAAUGUACCUUGGGCAAUUGAUGAAAAUCCCAAGGAAACAGCAAGACUUACUGCCAAAUAUUGUAAUAUUAAAAAUUGGAAUAAAGCUUCUACAAAAAGAUUGAAGAUAGCACUGCAAAAGGUGUCCGCUGAAAAACUGCUCAAUGCCGGAGAUCAUUUGAAAUAUUGGGAUGUUGAUAACAUGGUCAACUAUAGACCAAUCGUUGAAAGACCUAGUCCAAAUGCUUUUCUAACAGAACAUCCCGUGAAUAUUUUACACGAUGGUAAAUAUGAUCCAGUACCUAUAAUGUUUGGACGCGUACCAAAUGAAGGUGGUGUUCGGGUAGUGGCAAUUAUGGAAUCGGAUAAAUUAAGAAAUGAAUUUAAUAAAAGAUUUUUUGAAUUAAUGGAAAAAUUUCUAGAAUUACCAAAGAUAUUUAAUACCACAGAAAAAACGAAACUAAUAAUUAAGGAAUAUUUUCAUGGAACUAAUGAAUUAAAUAAUGAUACGCAACAGAAUUUUAUGGAUUUGGUUACACAUCGCGGUUUCUAUCAUCCGCUUUACAAUGCGAUAAAAAUGCAUGUUGAAAAAAUAGAUACAAAUCUAUAUCCGGUCUAUAUGUAUAAAUUUAAUUACCAAGGCACCUAUACAUAUGCUGAUAUGUAUGCGGGUCAUCCAACCGGCUCUAAGUACGGUGUGGUACAUUGCAAUGAUCUUAUAUAUUUGUUUCGGACUUCCAUUUUAUUUCCCGAUUUUAAACCGGAUUCAAACGAUGCAGUUGUCGUAGAAAAGUUUGUAGAUGAUUUUGUAUAUUUUGCUCAUUUUAGAAAACCCAAAAUUUAUCAAAAAAUUAAACCCUGCAACAAGGAGAACUUUUAUCCCCAAGAAGGUAAAAUAUGUGAUUAUCAUGAAUUUGUUAACAGUGAGAAUGGUUCUUUGAUUAUAAAAAUUAAUGAUGAAUUUGAUACGAAACAUAUGCAAUUUUGGGAUGAUAUUUUGAAAUAA